AUGAAUUCACAAAGCCAUUUUCUCUCCAUACUUCUGAUAGCUUUCUUAGCCUCUUUUUCCUUCUCUUUUAGCAGUAACGUCCCAGAGGACCCACUUGUACUUGAUCAUCAUCACCAUCAAAUUAAUUCUAGUGGUGAUCAUGAUGAAUAUAUAAAACCCUCCCCUACAAUAUCAAGGACAAGCAGGCUAGCUAUUCUCAGCUGGGCAAUUGCUGCUCAUCAUUCAGCUUCAGCAAAUAAUAUUGUUGUUAAUGUGGAUAGUUUUGGAGCUAAAGGAGAUGGCGGGGAUGAUACCCAGGCGUUUAGAAAAGCUUGGAAGAAGGCUUGUUCUUCUCAAAGGGGAGUUGAUCUCGUGGUUCCUAACAGGAACUAUCACCUGAAACCAAUCAAUUUCUCUGGUCCUUGCAAUUCUCCUAUCACCCUCAAGAUCUAUGGAACAAUCAAAGCCUCUCCCAACCGAUCAGAUUACAGUGAUGAUACACGGCAUUGGAUUGUGUUUGAAAAUGUGACAAACUUUAGAGUCGAAGGUGGUGGCACCAUCGAUGGAAAUGGAAGGAUAUGGUGGCAAAACUCUUGCAAGGUUAACGAAGCCCUUCCUUGCACGAUCGCACCAAAUGCCAUGACUUUCUUCGGGUGCAUCAACUUGCAAGUUGACAAUAUAAGGUUUCGAAAUCCCCAGAAAAUGCAUCUUUCGUUUCACGAAUGUGUGAAUGUGAAAGCUUCGAAUCUCAUAGUAACUGCACCAGAGGAUAGCCCCAACACAGAUGGAAUCCAUGUCACAGGAACACAAAAUAUUAAGAUAAUGAACUGUCUUAUUAGGACAGGGGAUGAUUGUAUUUCAAUAGUAAGUGGGUCACGAAAUGUUCGAGCUACGGAUAUAAUCUGCGGACCAGGCCAUGGAAUCAGCAUUGGAAGCUUAGGUGCUGGGAAUUCAGAAGCAGAGGUUUCAGAUGUGAUGGUUUCUAGAGCGAAAAUGAUGGGCACCACCAAUGGAUUGAGAAUAAAGACUUGGCAGGGCGGUUCUGGAUAUGCCAGCAACAUCGUAUUCAAAAAUAUUAUGAUGCACAACGUGAGCAAUCCAAUAAUCAUAAACCAAUAUUACUGUGAUCAGGACGAGCCAUGCCAAGAACAGACUUCAGCUGUGAAAAUAAGCAAUGUGGUGUAUGACAAUGUAAAAGGCACGAGUGCUUCAAAAGUGGCAGUGAAAUUCGACUGCAGCAAGCGCUUCGGAUGCCAAGGAAUCUUGUUACGGAACGUUUACAUAAAACCUCUUGGCGAAGGAACGGCCGAAGCUUCCUGUGAGAAUGUUAGUCUAAUCCAUAGGGGGAGGGUUUCUCCAAAGUGUUCUUCAACAAUUUAA